AUGACAUUAGCCACUCAAUUUGCUGAAACUACUCGUUACUCUGCAUCAAAUCCAGAAUUAAGACGCAGAGUUCUACACUUGUAUCGUAAAUACAUUAGAAAUGCUCAAGAAUUUGCUGAUUUAUAUGAAUUGGACAUGCCAAUUUCUAACAUCAAGACUAAAAUUAGACAAGAAUUUGAAAGACAAAGAUAUAAUAAUGAUUUGGCUGUGAAUAAUAUCUUGUUGGCAAAGGGACAAAUGGAAUUUCAAGAAUUGGUUAACUUUUGGAAACAACAAUGUCAUGUCAUGAGAUAUUUUGAUGAACAAAACGCUUAUAAUGUCGUCGACAAGAAUGAUUUCAUUAAGAACUUCUUGAGAGGUAAUUAG